AUGUCUCCAAUUUUCAUCGUCUUGGGUGUAGUGUUGGCUAUAUCCACAGUCUACAAUCUAGGUGUCAUUCUCCUCAGAGUCCGCCAGAAAACUCCAAGAUGGAGCGACAGCAAUGGGGACGAGACUGUCCGUUGCCCAUCGGUGGUUGAAUUGGCAAUCGAUACGCUUGGGGUCGCUGCAUUCUUGAUUCUCUAUGUCUGCAGCACCAUUGAGGUCGCGACCGGUGACAGCUGGAGACAUCCCCCAAUCAUGAUGAUGGCGUACUCGUCUAUCGGAGCCCUGGUUGCCUUUGUCAUGCACAGCUGGGUAGCUGUCACCAACCUCAACCGGUACAUUCGGUAUCGGCAGAGCCUAGGUCCACGGUGCCCGCACUGCCAUCGAGUCACUGGCAACGUCAUCGGAUCCCACAUUGCUCUACCCCCGUCACCGCUUGAAGAAGGUCGACCAGCAGUUCCAAGAGAAAGCUUCUCCGCGAACUCGGUCGGUGAGAACGAAGGCGACACGCUGAUUAUGAAGACUUAA